AUGAUUUUCUACAGUGCUCUCGGAACCCUACUAGAUAGUAGCCCAUCAUACGGGUCUCUAACAUUACUUAACUUUCGGGUUAUAUAUCGAAAGGGCGUAGCACUCUCCCCCCAUUCCAUUCCACACGCAGCCGGAUCACCUGGAAUGAUAUCAGUUGAUUUUGUAGAGUUCAAUCUGCCGAGUAUAGGCAGGUACUGCAUAGACCCCUUUCCUUCUGUUGUUGCCAGCUCUUCAUUGGGUCGAGAAGAAAACUUGUUUUCUUUUGUAUUUGGCGGUCGAAUAUAA